CCUCGUCACACGCCACCAGACCUGUCCAAUACCACCCUCCUCUCACACACACACACACACACAUACACACAAUCAAGGGGAUAGGGAACCGACUAGUCACUCAGAUCUCGCUAAACCUGUAGUUUAGACACACAGAAAACAAGACGCAUGAACUCAUGAACUUAUACAAUGUUCUUCAGUCUGCUGCUUCUGUUUGGUCUCAUCUAUCACAGUCACAGCGGUCAGUAUCUUUCUGGAAACAAAAAUCUACCAGUGACAGGAAAAAGAGAAGGCAAUCUCACUCUACUUUGUGAAAUUGAGGACAAAAACAUUUUUCAUGUUGAGUUAUUUGGUGAGUUAGGACCCAUUGAUGUCUGUCAGACUGAAGGAUGUGGACGAGUAUCUAAAACAGCAGCAUGUGACGUCCUCAUCAAGAAUCUGAGCUUCAGUGAUGCUGGGACACACACUUUAAGAGUCCAUUACAGUAAUAAUCAGACAAACCUGCCACAGAAUAGGAUAUACCAAAUACAUAUUCAUGAUGAGAUUACUGUGAAAACAGGCAAACCAAUAAAACUGCAUGUUCUGAUGUUCAACGCUCAUAAAGUGGAGAAGAACUCCAGUGAAGGCUGGAAGAAGGUCUGGGAGAGACGUCACGGGCUCUGGAGCGAUAGAAUGAAUGUCAGCGAGGAAGACCUGAUCAUUAAAGCAUUUACAGAUAAUGAUGCUGGAACAUACAGAGUUCUGGACGCUGAAGAUAAAACCUUGAUCACAGUGAACAUCACAGAAUCAGAUACAAAAUUAAAAGGGAAACUGGACAAAGAUGAAGACAAAACUGAUGGCACUAAAGAACAUGGGAUAUGGAUAUGGCCAGUAGUAGUGUGUUCUUUGAUUCUGGUUCUGAUUGGGAUUGGUUUCUUCAUAUGGCAAUGGCACAGAAAUAGAAAUGUCUCGCAGGAUUCAGUACAGGAGCGCUCAGUGGUACUGGAGAGACUCAAUCCUGACUGAUUGUGAUUAAACUCAGGGCUCUACAUUAAACCUUGAGCCUUAAACUACU